CUCGGACCGUUCUCAGGGACGCUGUCGAGGAUCUGAGCCCCUCAAAAGCUGAACUGCUGAAGUCUCAGAAGAGCCUGGCUUCGUGGGCGGCUAGAUUUCGGAACUACAGGAUUACUGGAGAGAGCUGUGGGGAUUAAAGCGUAUCGUUACGAGAUUAUUGCUUGUUUUACUCGUUGUUACUUGCCGUGUUGAAACCGCUUGAAUUGCUCUUUAAGGAAUUUUUAUUUUGGACUAAAUCUGGGAUUUAAUGACUAAACUAAUGCGGGAAUUAUUUUUGGCACUCAAGGAAAUAUCCGUCUUUUACUCAUCCACCGUGUGAUUGCCGGAUUCAUGCAAACUCACAUAAUUGUCAGCUUGGGACAAAAUCAAACUACAGAGGUGUGACAAUCAAAACGAAGAAAUAGGUUGACCCUUUGACAUAAUCAAAGUUUGUAGACGUGUCUGUUUGGGUAAAGUGUUGUGGCUGCUUUUGGAAAAUGUUGGAGGAAAACAAGACUCCCGGGUCUCCACAGCAGAGCAAAACUUCCACAAUCAGCAGAGACAGAAUCCAGAACUUCGAAGCGGAAAGAAACACCAACACUGCUUCAGCCAACAGCAUCAAUCCUCCGCAAAGCUUUUCUUUGCUUUUGGAGAAUUGUGCCCCGUGUCCUGCCCCUGGGCCCCUAACGAGCCCACUUCUCGGCGGGCUUCCUGGGAGCUCGCCGGUGACAGGAAGGCAAGCUGCGUCUUUGCAGCUGGCCCAUCUGAAGGCCCAGCUAGCGCUAACACAGAUGAACAAUGUUCUCGCAAUCGGUGCUGCACACCUGACGGCAAACGCCAACGCCCCCGCGCCCUGCCUGCCCACGAAACCGCCUUCGCCGACUGCUGUGGCCAUCAAUCUCCUGAACCUCCUGAAGAUCGCCAACAACAUGUCGCAUCCCAGGUUUAAUCCCUUUGCCCCUGGUAAACAGAUUUCCCCCCAGGGGCCGUACGGAGGCUCCACUGGACAAAUGGAGAGGGACCCUCGGAGGCCGCCGUCUCACCCCGGCUCUGGUCCCGGCUUCAGCUCUUCUGGAUCUUCUUCCCUCAACCGCGGGCCCCCCGGAGGACCUAUACCGUCCCUCCUGUCUUUGCAAGUGAACUUCCGACCCGACAGGAGUAAGAUAACGGUAGACGAGGACAUAGACAGAUGCUUGGACUUGAACAUAAGCAGAGCUAGGGAUGAGGCCAUGCAAAGUUCUCCAAACCAAAACUCCCAGUUUUCCAACGUUCAAAUAGACACAUUUCCCUCGUCAAACACCGGGAGGCCCUCCUAUUUGACGCCCCCGGCUGCUCAAGGAAAGAGACCCUUCAGUGUGGACAGCAGUAGCAGCAGCCUGGACUGGUUGCCCAUCUGCCAACGCGCCUCGGAGGAAAAGUCGUCAAACAUGUAUUCGCCUGCUCCCUCCAGCUUUCAAGGCGGCGGCGACAGUGGGUUCGGCGCCUCCGGCGAAGGAAACCGCCCGGCGUCUACUCCUGGGCUGGGACAAUACAACAUGAGUACGCCGGCUAAGUCCGCCGUUCCGCGGGAGGCCAUUCGCCCCAAGUACACCUCAGAGUCGGCUUCGAACAUCCUGCUGCACUUUGGCCUGGAGAAGGAAGACUUGGAACACCUGAUCUCGUUCCCCGAAGACCAGAUCACGCCCGAGAACCUGCCCUUCAUCUUGAGGCAAAUCCGAAUGGAGAAAGCGGAGAGGGGCUCGGGUCAGCCGAAGGGCUACGGUGAGGCUCAGCGCGUCAGAGGCGCGGCGGAGAAGGACAAGAUGGUUACCUCCAUGGGGCCGGGGUUGCUUCCCGAUCAAAUAUCAUCCGCUGUCCCCAAACAGAGUCAAGUGAUUGAUUAUGGGCACACCGGCAAAUACACGACGGGGGCCGGAGAAGACGCCGGAAGAGCUGGCUCGGCUAUGACCGGUGGGAGUUCGCUGUAUGCGGACCCGUUCGCUAGGAGCCACGCUAGAGAGCCGCCGCCGCUAAGGGGCGCGGCGGAGCUGAAAACCGGACCGCCCGUCUCUCCUCGCGGUCAGAUGAGCGUCGACUCGUCCAGGAGCUCUGUGGCCCAGUCAAGCAGCGACCCGUCGAAUAACCAGACCUCAAAGCCGGUUUUCCCCUCGUUCGGCCUGCUGAGCAAGUACACAGAUUUGAGACAGCGCAAGCCCGACGGCGCCCCCCCGACCUCAGCUCUGAAGCAACCAGCGCCGGCCCCCCAGGCGCCCGCCGCGACCCAGCCGUCCAGCCCGUCGUGCAAUUUAGUUCGCGGAGUCCACCCUGGGCGGCCCGGCCUCGUGCUCAUUCACAGAAACGACGCUCGCGGCGCGAAUCAGACCAACGCCCAAGGGGCCGGGUUGAGAGUUCCCGAACAGACGAUUAAACCGGCAGCGCAGCAGCGUCCGCCGCCGCCGCCGGCACAAACGCAGCAGCACCGGCCGCCGUUCCCGCUGUUCCCGCAAGCUCCAAAACCCGCGCAGCCCAGAGGUCAGAUGCCAGCUACGUCGACCCUUAUCCCCAUCCGUCCCGCUCUCCCUUCGCCGCCGGCGGGACGCGUUGGCGCCGCUCCCAGCGCCCCGCCUCCAGCCGCCAGGGGGCCGAAGAUGGGUCUCUGCAAGCUGCCGACGAGCGCCAUGAUGCAGGACUACACGGCGGCCACGCCGAGAGCAUUUCCUCAUACCUGUUGUCUUUGUAUGAAAGAAUGUAAAGAUAUGAAGGACUGGCUCUCCCACCAGAACACCAGCCUUCAUCUUGAGAGCUGCAAACUGCUGAGAGGACAAUAUCCAGACUGGGAUGGGAACACACUAGAUCUGUUGAGCGCUCCGGGUCAAGGUGGCCAACCCUCACCCGCGACUCAUGGCCAGAAUUUGCAGAACCGUCACCAGAAGACCGCAUAUGAGGCUCGUUCCCGUUCGGCCAGCCCUCGCCGCCAGCGUGGGUCGGACGAUGGAAAGGAAAAACAAUUCAGCCGCUCUCGAUCGCGCAGUCCGCCCCGCCACUACGGCUCGGAGAGCAAAAGGCAAAAAUGGAGCAGCCGUUCUCGAUCUCGUAGUCCCCAACGCCAUCAAGGUCAAAGAGAGGCACGAAGCAGCAGAUCGCCGUACGCCUCCAGACACUCUCGCAGGUCUCGCUCUCGUUCCUACGAACGCCCCACCUCGUCUCGCCACCGCUCGCGUUCAAGGAGUUACGAGAGGCGAUCCCCACCCAGGAAGAGGGAAGCCAAAUGGUCCCCACCGAGGAGAAGUCUCGAGCGUCGACCGUCUCCGAGAAGAAGUGAUGAGAAACGCUCGUCACCGCGGAGGAGCCGUGAACGGCGGUCGUCUGCAGAGAGGCCAGAGCCUCAGCGAACGAGGUCCAGGAGUGCCGACAGGCUAGCUAAGAGGCUGCUGGAAACAACAGCUGUUCAGUCUCUGUCCAAGACAUCUGACCUGGAGGCCAUGGUUAAAACUCUGGCUCCUGCAUUACUGGCUGAGCUGGCUAAGAUGAAGUCCUCCUCCUCCAGCACAGAGAAGAAGACGUCCACUAAAGCAACUAAAGCCACGACCAGCCGCCCCAAGACCGCGACAAGCUCUUCGCUGAUUCCUCCGGCUUCUGAACCCUUGUCUCCUGACAAAGUGAGGCUCUCUAGUGUUUCUACUUUUCUAUCCCAUACUGACAUUAUCAACGCCACAGCGAGGUUCGGAGAAGUCCGAGACCUGGUUUUGUGCAGAACUACACUAAGGGGAAUCGUGCAGUUUGAGAAAGAGGAAGACGCAGAGAAACUGAAGAGGCUGCGAAGCUUCCAAGUAAAGGGAUUGACUGUCUAUGUUGACAAAAUGAGCGCCGCUUCCUCCAUCAAACCUCUCUUGACAAAGGAGCAGCAGGCGGCUUUACGGAAAAAGUUAGCUGAGUCCAGAGCAAAAUCCCAGAAGACAAAAUCCUCCCCUGCUGGAGGAGUUAAAACACCUGGAACAUCUGGGGCUAAAAACACAGCAACAGGCAAACAGGUCACAAAAGCCAAGGGUGUUCCUGCCAAGGGGGUCGCUGGGAAAAAAUCUAACAUGGGUGGAAAGAAUGCAGCCAAGUCGGUCGAACAAAAAGCUGGACGUGAUGAUCCGAAAUCUGCUAAUGCUCCUAGCGAGGCAGCUAAGGUCCUAAAGCAGUCGGAUCCAGCUGCAGGUGAGAAAGAUCAAGGGAAGGGGGUUGCUACUCAGGCGAAGAACCUGGCUCCUGAAUCAGAAACGUCCACCAACAUGGAGAAAGCCGAAACCCAACCGGACCAGUUGGCUUUAAAGGAAUUGAAGUCCAAGCCUGGAGCUUCAUCUGAAGGCAAAGAGGCCUGCUUGGCUCUAGAGAACACAGCAGCGUCUGAAAAGAUGCAAGCAGAAGGACGCGGCGAAGGGGAUACCGCAGGAACCAAAGUGGAAGAAGUUGAAGCUGGAGUGAUCGCACCUGCUGAAACCGUGGAAGUUGUGAGUUCGGUCGAGUCCAAAGAGACACUUUUGGAAACUUCGGCCAAACCAGCAGCUAGCGUUAAAACCCCGCCACGCGUCUCUGCGCCUAAAACGUCUAACGAUCCGCCCCGGCCUCUGCAAACCACCGUGAAAGCUGAAGAAAGGCCUGUGAAAGACGCGUCUCCGGUCCAGCAGCCAAAAUCUGAAUCCCCUGCAGAAAAGUUGAAGACGAAAACAGAGGAUAAAAAGUGUCCAGCGAAGACGGAGACGAAGCAGGAAGAGGCAGAAGGUCAUCGGACAGCAGAACCUGCCGGCACCGUUUUAGCCGUGAAGUCGGAGGAACCCGCAGCUGCCGAGGCAAAGCCUGCAGACGGAGCAGCCGUCACCGAGAAGAUGGAGGACGAGGAGACGCGAGAAGAAGAAAAAAAGUGCACAUUGAGAGAAACAGCCGCGUCCUCUCUGCCUUCUUCAGGACAUCCAGAUAGUGAGGAGAAAACACAAACCCGUGCCUCCGUCUCUCCAUCUCCAGCAGCGUCUGCAGAAAACAGCUCGUUACGUUGUGUCAAAGCAGAAUCUACUGUUUCUGAUACAAAGGCUGUGAAAAAUGAAACAAAAGUGGUUGCAGAGCCGACGGUCUCUCGUGAGUCCGUUAAGAAAGCCGAGAAAAAGCAGCCGCCAAGAGCUCCGGUCAGUGCUGCUGAAAAACAAACCCCCAUUGCCCCGUCCACCACCGCCACCGCCGCGUCGGUCACAGGUUCAGACAAAUCUGAGGAAAAUGAUGCGGAGCUUCCUCACAUCGAUGAAGAUAUUUUUAAGGCCAUCACAGCUGCUCUUCGUGAGCACAGGCUUAAAAAAGGACAGAAAACCAGUGAGGAUAAAGAGAGUGACACCACAAGCAAAACAACCUCUGAAGGUAUAGAGGAGGAAAACGCAUCACCCACAAAGGAUGAGAGCGAAGAUGAGGGUCGCCGUUUCAGUUGUUUUGAUGAGCUCAACUUUAGCUUUGGAGACUUUGUGACUGUUGACGAGAUAAGCGAAGACAUGGAGGAAACGGCUGUGGAAGAGACCUGCUCUUCAUCAGAGGAGACGGAGGGGCAGAGCACCGACGUGUCCUCCGCCACCAGAAAGGCCGCAGCAGCUUCUACAGAAGACUGCGAGAGCCCAGCCUCUUCCUCGUCCACGUCUGUAAAAGGCGGCGCGUCUUUAAUCUCCACUUCUGUGCCGGAGAACAAGCAAACUCGCUCCUCUGAACCCGACAAAUCUGAAACCACAACCUCAUCUGCCAGCGGUGGAAAAACUCCUCUCUCCACUCAUCCUAAGGCUGUAGAAACUCCACCUUCCUCUGGUCAGAAAGCUCAGUCGAGCAAGAGAAAGCCUCCCACGAGACCAUCAGAACCCGCCUCCUCGGGUCCAAGCACCCGCUCCUCGGCGGCGGCCGUCAAGCCAUCUGCAGGAACUCAGCAGGCACAGAAAAAGGCUGUAAAACCUACCAAGAGUGCAGCGGCAAAGCCUGACCACAAGGUGCCAGUAGAGAGCCGUGCUGCAAAUACUGUUGAGUCAGAGAUGAAAGCGAAAACGGAGAAGAGUCAACCUGCUGAGGGACGGGGCCUACAGAUCCAGAGCCUGGAGGCGGAUCUUAAAGAUGAAUCUGGCAGAGAAGUGAAGGAGACGAAAAAGGAAAUGGAGAGCAAAAGCACAGAGGAGGAGAUCGGACAGAACGAGAACGACCAAGUCCUUGAUUCCCUCAAAGAAAAAGAAGAACAGAAAGAUGAGGGCAACCUAGACAGAAGAACUGAAACCCAAACACCUGGACCCGAGCAGGACCGGCUCAUUCAUCCAGGAGGCCUUCAGGGGUCGGAAAGUGCUGAUAAGGACAAAACCCAUUCUGACGAAUGCAAUGAAAUGGAGACGGAGGACCAGGCAGCUACGGCUGAUGACGGAGAUGAUGGUCCCUCCAGGACGCAGGUUUCUGAAAACGAUGAGACUAAAGGUCCUGAAGGACCAUCAGUCAGAGGCACGUCUGCUAGAGAUCAAGUGACCAGUGAGGAUGCGCCAAAUGAGGAUGAGAUCCUUUUAGCUGAGAAGGUCUGUGAAACCUCUAAAGAGGUUGGUCAAAUCUCCAACGAAGAAGGCCGACCUCUUGAAAACAAAGACACUCUAAAAGACCAGAAACCUGUGGGUCCCUCUGACCUACGGACUAAAGCAGACGACGAGCCCUCAGAGGAGGAGGUUUACCAAGUAAUCGACUCGUUGGAGGAUCAGCCGUCAACAGCCGAGACAGGAUCGGAGACCAAGAAGAAGGAACUAACUAAGAAAGAAAGUGCCACACCCUCUGGAGAUAACAGAGCGACCAGACAAGGUCGCUCAAGGGGCAGAACAUCUAAAAGUGAAGAGAAGGAACAGUCGACAAAGAAAUUGGAGAAAACACCCAGCAAGCAAGCAACACGACCAAAAGACGUCAAGGCAGAGGAGGAGGGCCGUGAGGAUUUUGAGGAUGUAGUGUAUGAGGUCGUGGACUCAAUCGAGGACGAUUCGGUCCAAGAGACCCCAGCCACGGAAAGUUCUGGCAGGAGACGGUCGGCUAGAGGACACAAAAACGCUGAAAAGACGCCAACCCCUGUAGAAAAGGGUGACAGAGAAGGGAAAACGGACUCCGCGAAGGAGAAGGGUUCCGCCGACAGAUCGGUUGUGACGAGAUCUACCAGAGGAAGAAAAGAAGUCGUUUCUGAGAAGGCGGAAGAAAACGCGCUAAAGAAGGAAGACAAGCCCCCCGCAAGAAGACGACCCACACCGGCCAGAGACUCCCAGGAAAAGGACAGAGAGAAACCUCCACAAACAGACGCUCGCGUUCCUCCGAAGGAGAGCACACCGACAAAGAAGACUGACGCCAGGCACGAAAGCGAGGGGGAGGCUACCUAUGAAGUACUGGAUGCUGUCGAGGGCGAGCUCGUCGAGCCCACAACGAAAACCCCGAGGAGGGGAAGGCCAAAGAAAGACAAUAAAACGAGUAAAAAAACAGACGUGAAGAAGGCGGAGUCGCCCAUUAAGGCUGUUGAAGAAGCAGCGACGUAUGAGGUUCUCGACUCUGUUGAGGAGGAGUCGGAUGUUCUGGCCCCUGUGGGCCAAUCGGAACGUGCGGGGAAGUCGACCGUUUCUGCAGACGACGACACGACUACCGCGAGGUCGCCUUCAGACGAGGAGGAGGAAGAGGAAGAGCCGAUUUAUCAGAUCCUAGAUUCGCUGGAAGACGACCAGUUUCAAGAAGAGACGUCGGCGGACACGCCCGUGCGGGAGGAGAGUGAGACAGCGGGCGACCCCGUGCGGUCCAGUCCCUCGGCUGUAGAGCCGUCAGAACAAACCGGCGUAGAGGAGGAGGAGGUUCUGGUUCGGUCAGCUGACGAACCGUCGGAGGUUAAAGGCGAUCCAUCUGCUAAAGGAUCUGACGCCAGAAAGAAGGGGGGCGCGUCCAAACAAACGGACAAGUCGUCUUUAAAUAAGCCGAGUAGUCACGUUGGUGCACCGGCGAAGAAAAACGACACGGAAGCAAGCAACAAUGUUCUCGUGAACCUGGAUCAAGUGAGCGAAGAGGAGGAAGAUUAUCCCGAUGAUACUGCCGAGGAAGAGGAGCUGAAGAAAAGGCAAGCUGCUGCUAGGAAGAGAGAAAAGGACAACGAGAAGGAGAGAGAAACAAGGGAGAGAAGGAGCCAAAGCAGCAGCAUAGGAGGAGGAGGAGGAGGAGGAGGGGGGCGUGGGAAAGAGGAGGUGUGUCCGGGAGAUCUGGAAAAGGGGGAACUGGACGCCCAGGAUCUUGUGACUCUGGACGAGGUGGGAGAAGACGAAGGUGGAGAGGAAGCUGGGACAGAGGCUCCAACGUGGGCCGGGGACAUCACAGAGGGAGAACUGCAGGAGCUCAUUACGCUGGACGAGAUUGCCGAGGAAGAGGAAGGAGCCCAAAAUCAGCAGAGCCCGUCUGCGGACUCUCCCAACCCAGAGAGCUCGUCAGCGGUGACGGAGCCCGGCCAGGCUGAGGACAAGAAAGACGACGAAGACGACGCAAAAGAACCUUCAAGCUCUUCUAAACGAAAAUGCGACGACACCAGAGAGGAAAGUGGGAACUUUGUCACUGUUGACGAGGUGGGAGAGGAAAAGCAGGAAGCGAAAGCAAGAGGUCGACCCAGGAAGAGAAGCCGGCAGACUCAGGUGAGAAAAUCUGCCAGAGGCAAGAAUGCGAAGGAAGAGCAACAAUCCCUGCCCCCCGCUUCACUGGAUCCCUGCCCGACUCCGGACAGCUGCACAUCUGCUCAGUCCGCUGAUGCUUUAGCCGAGAGCCAGAGGACGGAGAAGGAAAAAAGCGCUGAAGCUGCUGCUGCCGCCGACCGUCAGCCCCUGUCUGACGGUCCCAAUGAACAGAAGGUAGAGGGAGUCGAGGAAGUGGAGCAAGAGCAGAGCAGCACCUCUUUUAAAGUUGGGGAUAAACGGAGGCAGGAGCUCACUGGACCUAAAGCAAAGCGAUCGCGUUCUCAGUCUCCAAGUGUCGCCGUGGACCUCCAGCGGCCAUUGUUCAAUCCCAGAAACCCUCGUGGUCAGGAAUUUGUGGUUCCCAAGUCUGGAUUUUUCUGUGAAUUGUGCUCAGAUUUUUACUUGAGCGAGAACGUCGCCAAGGAAAUGCACUGCAGCAGCCAGAAACACCACGACAACCUGAUGAAACAUUACCAGAAGCUUCAAGGGAAACGUUGGGGAAGAUCAACACAAAGCGUCCAGGACUGUCUCUCUGACUGAUCGGCUUAAACUGCCGAUCAUUCUCCUGUAAUGAGACGGAGGAGCCAUGGUGGCAGCGCUGAGCUGGAAAUUUUAGUUUCUUUAUCUUUCCCCCCCCCCAGUAUUUCUUCAGCUUUUUCACCUUCUUUGGUUUUAUAUUUCACAGUCAAGACAUAGGACUUUGGGAGCCAUGCAGAAAUCUUACAGUGAAACACAUUUAUGAACGAGGAAGCAAAACUGAACCAGUAAAUUAUUGUGACUUCGAUCGAUUCAUAGAUCAAUAAAUCGUACCUGAGAUACUCUUUAUUCAGGUCAGGGCUUUAAUCUACAAAUCAAAAGGUCACAUUACCAUCACCUUUUCCACAUUUACUGGUUCUGCCUAUCAGUAAUAUGUCGGUUCUUUCUAAAAAUGCUGUUUUAUUUAAAGAUGUAGGAUUGUUAACGGUACCUGGGUAACAGAAACUCUGCUGUUCUUUACUCACUCAGUUUUGUAGAGAGAAGAGGGAAGUUUUUAAUCCUCACUUUUUGUUUUUUUCUCUUUAAACAAGGGUCCAAUUUGUUCUAUUUCUUUACCUUUAUUUAAUGGAAUCCAAUUCAUUGUAUUGUUAUGUGUAAAGAAAUUCAUAUAAUGUAAUUAUCUGAGUUGAGAUUUUGCUUUGGUCUUGAUUUAUCAGUGUGUUAAUGAGUAAAGAUUUUUUUUUUGAAACCUGUUGAAUAACUUGUGUAAUGACUUUUAAAUCAUAAUCAAGGAAAACAAAGCCUGACAUUUCAUCAAUGUAUAAAAAAAACAUCACUGGGCUUAUAGGUGCAACAUGUACAGGAUCUUUCUUUAGAUGUUACUUCUUCUUCUUUAGAGUGAGACUUUUUUUUUUGUUACUUUUUUUUUAAGAUGAGAUUUUUUUGCAGGGAUUCUGUUGUUUUGUAUUUCGUUUUAAUUACCAUUGAACUCUGGCUCCUCAGCUUGGAAGGCCUUCAUCAAAA